AUGCUUUUAGACGAUAUAGACAGACCCGAGAAUUCUCGUAAAGAAUUAAAGAAACUCAUAAACAGGGUUCAUUUACAACCUGGCAUGCAAUUAACAGAUGAUGACAAUAUUAUAGGCUACUUUUUUACCCUUGAUCAAGAAUUACAUAAGGUUAAUACCUUUUUCUUGAAAAAACGUGCAAAAUUGGAAUUAAUAUUAGAAAAAUAUCGGUAUCUUUAUAAUACCAAUGGAUUAGAAGAUACUUUUAAUGGAAUAAUAAACUCCGUUCUUGAUCCGAAAGAAUUGCGAUCAGCAUUGAUGGAACAAUUUGAUACCAAUGGUAAAAUUUUAACUGAAAUGUUGGAUUCAAUUGAUCAAUGGAUUCGUGAUAUAGACGUUAGAAUUAAAGCCGACUCGAAAUUUCAAUUUCUUUGUAUCGAGUUGACCAAGGACCAGAAUGAUAUUUUAAUUCAUUCGGUAGAAAAUGAUGAUGUUGAUACUCUACAAGGCCAAAUAAAUGACUUGAUAAAUAAAACUUCAAAAAAUGUUCAAAAUCACAUUAAAAAG